AUGGUUUACUUAAACAAGGUCUCGGAGGGGUGUGUGGGGAGCAUCGUGUGCAAGCUAGAGGGCAUGGAGCCGUGUGGGAGCAUCAAGGACCGCGUGGGGUACAGCAUGAUUGCAGACGCGGAGGAGAAGGGGCUGAUCAAACCUGGGAAGAGCGUGCUGGUGGAGCCGACGUCGGGCAACACGGGAAUCGGCUUGGCGUUCAUAGCAGCGGCGAGGGGCUACAAGCUCGUCCUCACCAUGCCCGCCUCCAUGAGCCUCGAGCGCCGCGUGCUGCUCAAGGCCUUCGGGGCCGACCUCGUUCUCACCAACCCUGAGGAGGGCAUGCGGGGAGCCAUCAUCAAGGCCAAGGAGAUUGUGAGCCACUCCAAACACGCCUUCAUGCCGCAGCAGUUUGAGAACGAGGCCAACACCAAGAUUCACUUUGAGACGACGGGGAGGGAGAUAUGGGAGGACACGGAGGGGCGUGUUGAUGCGGUGGUGUGCGGUAUCGGCACCGGCGGCACAGCCAUGGGCGUGGGGCAGUUUCUGAAGAGCAAGAAGCCGAGUGUGAAGGUGAGACUAGGGUGUUGUGCUGAAGGGGAUGGACAGUUGUAUGGUGCGGUGGUGUGCGGUAUCGGCACUGGUGGCACAGCCAUGGGCGUGGGGCAAUAUCUCAAGAGCAAGAAGCCGAGCGUCAAGAUGAUUGCAGUGGAACCUGAGGAGUCAAAUGUCCUGUCAGGUGGAUACCCAGGGCCGCACAUGAUACAGGGCAUCGGAGCGGGCUUCAUUCCGAGCAUUCUGGACGAGAGCAUGCUUGAUGAGGUCAUCGCGGUCAGCAGUGAUGACUCCAUCCAAAUGGCGCGCCAGCUGGCACUCAAGGAGGGCAUGCUGGUGAGCUGA